AUGGAGCGUCUAUUCCGUUCAGCUCUGAGGAGUUCCACGCCGGGGAAUUUCUUCCGCCUCGCCUUCAAUGGCGCCGGCCUCUUCUGUGCCUGUACCUUGGUCUGGGAGCAUUUGAUCACCGUGCAGCUCAGCGAAGGUCCCUCGAUGUACCCCACAUUCAACGUCAGAGGUGACUAUCUACUCAUCUCGAGGGUGCACAAGAAUGGCAAGGGCAUAAAGGUCGGGGAUGUGGUGCGAUUCUACCAUCCCAGCUUCUUGGGGGUCAAUGGCGGAAAAAGAGUGUUGGGGAUGCCCGGGGAUUUUGUCUGUAGAGACAAGGCAUUCAGCACCGACGCCGGGGCAGAGCAGGAAAUGAUACAGGUCCCCGAAGGACAUGUAUAUCUCGCCGGCGAUAAUCUUCCUUGGUCGAGAGAUUCUAGAAAUUUUGGACCAGUGCCUAUGGGCCUCAUCAAUGGAAAGAUCAUCGCUCGAGUAUGGCCCCUAUCCAAGAUGGAAUGGGUACAGAAUACAAUGCAGCCGGCGCAAUUAUCCGACGAAUAA